AUGUGCUUCCUCUCGGUGCUCCUCUUGACGGCAGCCAUCGGUGUACUCCUUCUCUCGAUGACCACGACUAUCGCUGCGCUCAACAUCUCGGCCGACGAGCGCCGUGAGCUCUCGACCGACUUGACGCUCUGGCAAAAGAAGUUCGGCAACGACGACCACGUGCGCACCGUCACGGCGUCGGCCAACGUGACGCACAAUGCUCUUCUUGGGCGAUUGAAGGCGGCCAAGGACAAGCUGCCGGCGCUUCGUGCGGCCAACCCGUACGCAACGUUCAGCCAUUUGACCAAGUUUGCGCUGCUCACCGACAAAGAGUUUGCGCAGUUCGCCUCCGAGGCGUCUCCGGGUGUCCUGCCGUCGCCCGGUCACCUCGCAUCGGCGGCGCGGUUGAAUCGCAGUGCGCCUGUCGGGGGCGUCAUCGUCGACACGGUCGAUUGGACAACGCCGCCGUCUUGCGUGCCGCCGGUCCAGUACAAAGGUAAAUGCGCUAGCAACUGGGCGAUUGCAGCGGCGGCGGCGGUCUCGACGACGCACUGCCUCGCAACGAGCGAGAUCAUCAACCUCUCGGCGCAGCUCACGACGAGCUGCGCGUAUCCAGGCGGCCCUGACGGCUGCCAAGGCGCCGGAAUUGCGCAAGACGCUAUGCGCUGGCUCGUGUCGCAGUCCAAGUCGCUCUGCGCCGAGUCCGCGAUCCCGUACACGUCGGGCGGCACCGGGUCAGCGCCGUUUUGCAGCGACAACACCAAGUGCGCCGGGACAAUUUCGCUCCGUGCCGGUCCGAUCAUGACGAUGAACGGCGAAGACGCCCUUGCCCGGCAGCUCCAAUUGCAGCCCGUCGUCGCUUAUGUCACGACCCUCAACAACGUGUGGAAGAUGUACACCGGCGGCAUCGUCUCGUGGUGUCCGCCAACCGUGUACGUCGACCAAGCCAUGCUUGUCGUUGGCUACGGCACCGAGGCCGUCGACGACGGCACAAAGUCGGUCGGUUUCUUCAAGGUCCGGAACGCGUGGGGCACCGACUGGGGCGAGCGCGGCCACAUUCGACUCCAAAGAGGGCUCAACCGCGAGACAGGCACCUGCAAGCUCGCCAUGUACCUUGCCUACUCGGUGCUGCCGUCGUCAAGACGAAGCGAUGCGACGGCAGGAGCGAUCCCGCACACACCAACGAUGACAACCCGGGGCGAGCGUGCACCGACCACACAGCCCACAAUUGAUGUCGAGGGCGCUUGAGCGUAGGAGGCACCAGAACGUGCCACGUAGGAUUCGAAACGUCGAUACCUUGAUAUUAACGUUAAAACCAAAUUCAGUGCCUUUGCAACUAGGCAA